AUAUCACGAAAAGCAUGCGCAUAUGUAUUACACAUAUUCGUAAAGAAGGAUGCCUUACAGAGAUUUAUACGUUUUCUUUAAUUUUAUUGCAAUUUUUCACUGCAUAAACGGUGAAAUUUCUUUAAAAAAAAAUGAAAAACAUGCCGAUAUCGCGAAUAAUUAUGACGCCUGUUUUGAAAGUUUCGACGUCCACACUAAUAAAAUCAUUAAGACUGAAGAUUCAUGUGAUCUUGGUGCAAAAUAUUUGAAUGUAUUGGACCUUGAAUCCAGAGAAGACUGUUUUAAAUACUGUUGUGAUACAGAUAAAUGUGAUGUCUUUAUAUUUGAAGAAAAAAAACCAGGAAGUUGUUACUUGUUUGAAUGUGGACCACUUGAAGAUUUCAAAUGUAAAUUUACCACUCAUGUUAAUUACACAAGUGCAGUACUUACCAAUUACAAUAUACGCAAUCAUCCUCAAUUGGAAGAAGAAAUUCAAAUUUCUCAACACGAACACGAGUUAAAAUCAUUAAGAAAACAUUCCAAUAUUCCACCAGUUCAAUAUGCUGUUACAGAACAUAGUGUAAAGCCAAGUGUUGCUGUAACAUCACGUCCAAUUGUAACGACACCACCAGCUAAACAAGGUUGUAGUCACAAUCAAUACGAGUGUCGUUCAACUGGAGACUGUAUAGCUAUAUACAAUGUUUGCGACGGUAUUCCGCAAUGUACCGAUGGUUCUGACGAAGCGGCAGACCUUGUAUGUCCUACUGAAAAGCCGACUGUUCCACCUUCGGUAGUGAUACAAAGACCAUCCCCACAAUUACCUUCUAAUGUUAUGAAGUAUCAGCAAAUGAUCAAUCAACACAAAAAAGUUUAUCAUCAUGGUUCAGAAAAUAAUCCACAGAGAUGGGAAUUAUCACAACCGCAAAAUCUUCUAUACCCAGUACAAAUGGAAAAAAGCUUUGGUUCACCAGCAUAUCAAUGGGAUUAUCAACCAUUAUAUGAACAAAACAAAGAUUCCUAUGUUCCAGGAAACUCUUAUCAUGGACAAAAUAAUUUUAAUCCAUAUGAUCAAAACCAGCCUCAUAGUUUUAAUCACAAAGGAUCUAGUGUUAUAGGAGAACCUGAUGUAGACAGUAAUGUUUAUGCAGAUUCAAAGAAUCCUUAUCCAUCACACUUUUUAUUAACACCCAACAAAGGAAUGUUGCAAGAGGCUCAAGUUCAGCUAGCACCAUCAAUAACACCAAAUCUUCCACAAAAAUUGGACAACUACUUAAGUAAAGAUACAAAGAAUACAGUAUCACCACCUUGUGAGACAGCGGUACAGCAUACAGAUACAUUAAUUAAAGAUAAAGAGAUUAAAGGUAAAGUAGAUAAAAAGAAACAAGAAGAAACAUCAAAUAUUAAAAUAGAUGAACAUACUACAGAAAAAUCCCAUACUAUAAAAAUUAACGUUUCCAAACAAAAUCGUGAACGUAAAAGUGAGUUAACAGAUUAUAAAAGUAUUAUAAUUUUGGAGACAAAAGAACAUGAAAAAAGUUCUGUAGUUGCAGAACCUCUUCGACAAACAAAUUCGACGAAACUUCUAAAACCAAAAAGUGCAGUAAUUUCCUUGGUACUAGGAUUAAUAACUUCACUUACUACUGCUGCAUUAAUAGCUUGUCGAUUAUGUCUAAUAAAAAGACGUAAACACCGUGGACACGGACCUUAUGCUCACGAUCCUGAUUAUUUAGUUAAUGGAAUGUAUCUUUAAUUAUAUCAAAAGAAUCCUACUGAUAGCUCCCUGAUCAUAUAGUGCUAUUAACUUCCUAAUAUAUAGUGUUAAUAUUUAUAUAAUGAUAAUAAUUUUCAUCAAUUUCA